AUGACUGUUAAAGAGAUGUUACAUUUAACCCUGGAGCUUGUUAUUGCUGCAUCAGCACCUAUACAGCAUUAUCACUGCAGUCUUGUAACAUUUCCACUCACCCACCGUUACGGUGCCAUUCAGAAACAACCUGUUUUUUCAGCUACACCAUUACAGGUUACAAAUAAUCAACUUUUAAACCCCAGUGUAGCUGUUACAGCACCUCCACCACCGUAUCCAAUGGUACAGUCACAUCAAUAUGCAGCUAUUAGUACAGUUACUGAGACCAGUAAUAGAAAUCUUCCUAACUACUACUGUAGAUUAAUCCCACCGGUUCAAAAAAAUAGUCAGUAUUUAGCUCAUAAUCCAUCUAAUGAAGUUUUACAUACUCAACAAGUACAUCUUUCUGAAACAAAAAGAAGUUUUGGAAGAGAUUGUCAACAACAGUGGCAGAACACUAAUGAACGUGGUCUUCAGAAACUGAAUGUUGAAACAAACUAUCCCUUUAAUGAACCAGGCAAUUCUUUUGCAGUUGGUGGAAUACCUCACUAUAGAAAUAAACAAAUGAGAACAAGUCUUGGUGAUGCAUCUUCUGAAUUACCAAGCAGAAUCCCAGGACCAAGCACCCAGAAAAACAAUCAUUCUCUUGGAGAAGGUUGUGGUUUUCUUGGGAAAAGUAGUGGUUCUCUCAGGGAAGGUGGUAGUUCCUUUGUAAAAGGUAGUAGUUCUCAUAGAGAAGGUAGUCAUUCAACUAAUUCAGAAAUUGAUAUAUCAAAAGAAAGUGAUUCCAAGAUAACAAAAGAAGGGUUAUUUAAGGACAUAAGAAAAUUACUGGCAAUGAAAAAUGAAUUCUUGAAAUUAGCAAAAGAAAUUAAAAUUAAAAAAUCCUUUCUUUCUGAAAGUCAAGAUAAACCACUUAAUUCUUCCUUGCCACAGAAUCCUGCUAUGUCUCUGCAACUUCCUUCUAAGGAUCAGUCUUUUCCACAGUUACUGUCAGCUAAUUCAGAACAUCAACCACUGACGGUAAUGCAGUCUACAGAAGACACAAAUAAAAUUAACAACACACUGAUCACUAGUAUUAAAGAAGCAGAUUGCAGCAGACAGAUUAACCAAGGCAAUUCAGUCUUGCCAAAUUCUGCCUGUUCUGGAAAAUUGCAGACAGAGCAUAUAAAUGCUCUUUUUCAGGAACCCUCCCCUGUGUGUCAGAAAAUCCCAUCAGCCAUUAAUCCUGCACACACACUAUCAAAUCAGACCGCCUUAGAUUUUAAUAAAGGUGAUAGAUUUGAGAGACCUCAACAAUCUGGCGAUACAAUUAAAAUUUCUGUUGCCCAACAAAGACAAAAAGUUUUGAAAAAUAAAGAGGACAAUUAUAAACUGCUUUCUCAUCUCCUUAAAAGCAACAACACAACUUUAGAUUUUACCCCCAAAAUAAUGAAUCAGGAAACAUCAGCAAAAGGUGUAAGUGAAAACAUUCAGGACUGUAAUAAAUCUAUCCAUUCUGAAGUAAAACAAAAAACGGAAGUCACUAGUGCUCAAUCGCAACUCAAAAACACAGGAAUUCCAAUGACUACUGUCUCAAGUGAAGAUGGUUCAGAUAAUUCUAUUAAACUGAAAGAUAGGACUUCAGUUUUACUUAAUGGGAAACCUUGUACAAAGGAUAAUAAUUAUUCCAUGGAAGAGUUAACAGCAUGUCUUGCAUUAUGGAAAAAAGCACCAUCAGAAUCCACUAACAUUCAAAAGUGUGACAUACUAGGAAAAAACAAAACAUCAGAAGGAACGUCAUCUCCUACAGCUAUAAGAAACAUGAAUGAAACUGUUUUGCCAACUGUGAGUGUUCCUAUUGGGCACAAACAUGAAUCUGGAAAUUUAAAUUUAACAAAGGGGAUUGAACUUCAAAUUGCUGUUGUUUCACCUUUAAUUCUUUCAGAGGUAAAACCAUCAGGUGACCAGCCACUAAAGCCAACUAAAUCUUCAUUAGAAUCAGUGUUCCCAGUUAUUCAAGAAGGCAGUGUAUGUAGUUUACAAGACCAAGUUAAAGAAAAAGCAGUUGCUGCAUCAAAUAUUAAUACUAUUAAAAGAACAGAAAUUUCUAUUGCAAAAAAUAAUUUUGCACUGACUAAUAAGUUCGAUUCCAAAUUACAAGACAUAAAACCAGCUGAUGGAAUAGUACAUUCAAACAUAAACUCGAGUUUUUCAGCUGAACCAAUGAAAGAAAAAUUAGGCAAGUCAGAGCCACGGCUCUCACAUUUAGAAAAGGACAUCUGUUCUCCCAACAAUGCAAACAGCUCAGGGCUGGGUAUAGAACAAAAUAAGGAAGAGCGAAUCUCCAUGCAGUUGGUGGAUGAUAGUCCAGUGAAUGAUGACUUGUUGCAAAUUGCCAGUGUCUGUUCUCUUGUUGAAGGUGAUAUGUUUUAUAAUUCCCAAAUAGCCAAUAUGUUCAACUCUGUCCCUUCAACACAUGAUGAUAAGAAAGAGGUUUCUUUACUAGACAGCACUAUGAUUGAUAAUAGACAGCUUAAAGAACAGUUGAACCAGACCAAGUUUGAAUCUGUGAGUAAUUUUAAAGGGGAAAAUUUGCUGAAAAUUACCAAUGUCCUACCUAAAACGUCUUAUGGGACAAAGUCAUUUAAAUUAAAGCAUUGUGAAACAAAUGACAGAAUUGCAAAACAAAAAAAUAAUGUGGAACAGACUGUCGAGAUGACAGAAGUUGUUAGUAAUAAACGUUGCUCAUCAACUGAUGAUCAGCCAGAUCUUAACUCUAAAGAAAUUGUUGAUGUAUCUAGCACACAUUUCACCAAAGAACCUUUAUCUUGUAUGAUCCGAAAUAUUGAACAAGCAAACAGUGAGAUUAUUUUUGACGAGGCAAUAUCUGUGAAAUAUCUAGAUGACCAGUUGUCUGAACUUGUAGAAGAAUUUCCUUAUGGUAUUGAAAGUGCAGACACACACAGUAUACCAGCAGAAAAUAAAGAUUCAUUACUGCAACUAACCAUAAACCCAGUGACUAAAGAUAAAGAAACCAGCAUCAGAAGCAACUGUGACUCUGAAGAUCCAGUAAACCAAAUUAAAAUUACAAUAUUGAGCUCAGAGCGCAUGAAAGAAUUGUUCCCUAAAGAAAAUAAAGAAAUCUGCAAGGGAGAUGACAAGCUAGACAAAUUGGAAAAUUCUCAGAAAAAGAAAUCAAUAACAGAAGUCCAAAAUCAUUGUGGUUCACACAUAAAAACUACAGGCGAUAAUGUCAAUCAGGAUUCCAUAGUACCCUCUGCAGGAAAAGAUGAUGUUCAUUGCUGCGCAUUAGGUUGGCUAUCUACAGUUUAUGAUGGAGUGCCCCAAUGUCUGUGUGAUUCUAGAAAGGACAUUACAACAGAAGAAAAGCUUGAUGGCCAGAGUUAUAAGGGAGACCCAGCUAUUGAUGGGAACAUCCUUGCUACAAAAAUUAAUAGUCCAUUAAAGAGUAACUUGCAGAAUCCUCUGGCACAUCCUGAAGGGAAAAGAAAUUUGCUUGAAAUGGAACAAGAUGAAAUAAAAUGUUCACCAAAGACCGUGGAAAAUGAAAAGCCUAGUUUUUCUUCAGGGAAGAAAAUGGUAAAAUAUAAUGAAAGAGAUUCUCAGGAAAAUCCGCAGAAGAUACUUAAAGCAAGAAACUUAAUCCCUUUAAAUGGAGAAAAGAGAAAAUCACAUUUUUGGUCAAUUAAAAACAAAGAAUUUCUUAAGGAACGUUCUUCAAGAGAACAUUCAACAGAGAAGUUAAAAUGGAAAUUUAAGUCAGGUUGCUCAAAAUUUAAAAAUCCAAAGUGGAAGUUGGAACAACCUAAUGUGGCAAAUAUGGAGCAGAAAAAGAAAAAAUAUGAGCUAGAACAGAAAACAUGUAUGGUAAAUGGGUCUAAGUUGUGUGAAUCUCUGUCAAGCACAAAUGAAGAGAAUUGUGAAGAAAAUAUGUUUACAGAUGCAAAGUCCACAAACUUGGAAAGGAAUGUCCACCAGAGUAUAAUGAAUAUUUCAAAUGUGAACUUGAACUCUUCAAAGUCUAAUGGUAGUCCGCGUAAAAUUAAGAAAGUCCUAUCUUCUCAAGAUUAUUUUCAGAGACAAAAGCAAAAAGAAAAGGUUGGUAAAGGAGACUUAAAUAAGCAAAGGCAUGAAAGUGAGAAAUUUAAAAAAAAUAGGUCACAUGUUUCUGAAUAUGCAUGGCGCAACAAACUCACCAUAAAACUCGUUAACUGUGCAAUAUCAAAUGAGGGACACAAUGUACGGAAAUAUAAAAGGUCAUUAGACAAUUUAGCAUACCCUAAUAAAACCACCAAGUCUCACAAAAGGAAGCUCCAUCAUUCAAAAGAGUCUAAAAUAUGUGGCAUUGCAAGGAAUGGGCAAGAAAAACUUAAUGAAAAACAGCUUGAUAAUAUGGUUGUUUUAAACAGAAAAGUAAACAAAUAUAACCAAAUUCCUCUCCAAGGAAAGGAUCAAAAGGAACAAAAGAAAUUGUAUUUGAACAGAGUUGCAUUUAAACGCACUGCGCAAGAAAGUAUUUGCCUGACAAAAUUAGACUGUUCACCCAGGCGUUCUGUAAGUCAAGUUAAGCAUGGUGAUGAUGGUAAUGAGUCCAGCCAAGGUUCAUUUUCACUUGAGAAGGAUAAAUUUGAAAAACCAAGAAUGCUGGAAUUUAAGUUAUGUCCAGAAGAAUUAUUUAAGAAAGGAAACAGCGAAGAACAUCCAGAUUUUAAGUCUUUUCCCAGGAAGGAGCAAGUUCCUGUACAAGGCAUAAAAAGUACAAAAGAAGAUUGGUUAAAAUGUAUUCCUCAGAAGAAAAGGAAAAUAGAAGCAAUCAAAGAUAAAGGGCAGCUAGGUGGUGCAGUGGAUGGAGUGCUGGCCUUGGAGUCAGGAAGAUGACAAUGCUCUAUCUAAUUCAAGAGUGUACAAGAGAACAUUGAGUGUGGAUGGAUACAAGGCUGUUCAGAACCCACCAAAAGAUU